AUGUCUACGCUGCCCCCCGACCAUCGCAACGCCAUGAUGCGAUCAACCGGAAACACAGUCAACAUGGCUGCUCCUCAGUCUUCCAAGGCCAAGUCGGCCUCAAAAGCCAGCAAUGGCAAGCCCAAGAGCAAGACCCAGAUGCACCGCCGCUCAAGAACAGGCUGCUACACCUGCAGACUACGGCGCAAGAAGUGCGAUGAGGGUUCGCCCAUGUGCACUGCAUGCAAGCACCUCGGCUUGCAGUGCGAGUACAAGCGACCCAUGUGGUGGAGCAACAACGAUAUGCGCAGAAGGCACAAAGACGACAUCAAGACCAUCAUUAAGCGCAAGAAGCUCUCAGAGAAGUCUUCACACAACCUCCCAACCUCCGUAGGGAGCUCUCCUCCUGGCCUCAGCCACUCCCUGCCCACUUCCGCCACCUUCACAGACCCUCUCGACCGAACGAGGUCGGCCUCCAUCGACUCUCACUUCUCCGCCGCCUUCAACUUCAACAGCCCCCCCAGUGGUGCCGAGUAUGGCUCCUUCAAUGCAAGCAUGCACCCCGAGAUCAUGUUCGGCAGCUACUCGCCGUAUGAAAUCGAUGUCAAGACUGAGCGACAAAUGUUCGUCAACGACGUGCCCACUCUCCGCGAGUCGACCAUUUCCACCUUCAGCACCUACCAACCGCCGCCUCCUGCCGGCACCAUUCUGUCAUCUGUGCCAUUCGAUGGCGAGUGGGCAGAGCAAAUCUUCCAGGAGCGUAAGGAGUCGCUGUCCGAGGAGACCCUUAAUAUCAACUUCUUUGACUUCUCCCACGGCCCCUCCACGGACACUAGGCAAAUACAGAUUGAGCUGGACGAGAAUGACCAGCGACUUCUGGAACACUUCAUCCAGUUUGUUCUGCCGACCAUCUUCCCCAUCCUCGAGUCCAACCAGCACGGUUCGGUUAGCUCUGACCUGAUCCUCCCCGCGCUGCAGUCUAACAGCGCCUACCUGCACUGCUGCCUUAGCAUCGCGGCCCAGCACUUGAAGUCGCACGCCAAUGUCACUGGCGAGGAAGUCGACCAAGACAUCAUGCGCCAUCGCUACGCCACCAUCUGGGCCCUAUGCGAGGCGCUCAAGAAGGAUGAGAACCACCAGCAGAUUCUUGAGGCCACCCUGGGCCUCAUCUUCUUUCAAUGCGUCGUCGGCCGCUUCGACGAUGGCCUUCUCGAUAUUCCCUGGCACCAGCACUUCCAGGCCGCCAUUAGCCUGGUGCAGAAGCUUGACCUUCCCCGCAUUGUCUCGGAUCCCACUGAGAACGCGACUCAGACUCCCUUCAACAUGACUCUCACUUCCUGGAUUGAUAUUCUCGGUGCAACCAUGAAGGGCCGAUCCCCCACUUUUGCCCACGCCUACCGAGAGAAGCACCUGUCACAAGUGAACCCCCACCUCGGUCUCCGAGAGCUCAUGGGCUGCGAUGACCGCGUGAUGUACCUCAUCUCAGAGAUCGCCUGCCUUGAGUCGCUUAAGAAGGAUGGCAUGGAUGACUUCACUCUUUGCCAGCACGUGUCGGCCCUCGGCGAGCAGAUCAGUCUUACUGAGAUGAACGAGACCGGCCCCAAGAUGCCCUUCAAUGCCAAUGGCAGCCUCUCCCCCAAGCAGCUGUCUAAGAACAUGACUGCGGCCUUCCGUCUGGCUGCCCGCAUCUACCUCUGCAGUUUGGUACCCGGCUUUGGCCCCACUCAGCCGUCUCACCUGGCCCUCAUUGAGAAGCUUACAGCAGUGCUCCAGCACAUCCCCUCAGGCCCCAACGGCUUCGACCGCAACUUGGUCUGGGUCUACCUCAUUGGCGGAUCUGUCAGUCUUCCUGGAAGCAACUUCCGAGCCUUCUUCCAUGACCGCCUGGCGCAACUCGGCGACCUCGCUAACUAUGGCUCCAUGGGCCGUGUGGCCACCCUCUUACACGAGGUCUGGCUGCAGAACGAUAACAUGUCGGGCGUUAGCACGCCCGGCUCCACGGCGUCAGAGAUGGUCCAGCCGCACAUCCACUGGCGGGAUGUCAUGCAGAUGAAGGGAUGGGACUUUUUGCUGAUCUAG